AUGCAAAUUAUUAUUAAAACUCUCACUGGGAAGUGCCAGUCCCUAAACUUUGAGCCUACCAACACUAUAGCAGACGUGAAGGAUGUCUUGAGGGAAAGAGAAUGUAUUGAUCCUGGUCAAAUUCGCCUAAUUUAUUCAGGGAAACAAAUGAGCGACGAGUUAACCUUAAAUGACUAUAAAGUGGUUCCCGGCUCAACCAUCCACAUGGUGUUGCAGCUACGUGGUGGUUGA